AUGCCACAGCAAUUGAGAGAGGCACGAGUUGCAGGACUAAUUGAUUUACAGACUCAUACCUGGGAUCCGCAUAUUUUGUCUGAUUUAUUUAUUCCUGAAGAUGUGGAGCGAAUAAAUAUGAUCCCUGUUAGUCCUGAGUAUGAGGACUCAUGGUAUUGGAUGAGUGACCCAAAUGGGACAUAUACAGUAAAGAAUGCCUAUAGGCACAUUGUGGGUGAUUAUGAGAAUAAUCCAGCGAAUUUUGAUAAGUGGGUUGCAAUGUGGAAAAUAAAAGUCCCCCCUAAAUGGAAAACUUUCUUGUGGAGAGCCAUUUGUGACAUCUUGCCAACAACCCUUAACUUGAUAUUAAAAAGGGUGGAGGUGGACCCAACUUGCCCUAUGUGUGACUCGUUUACAACAUGGCUAAAAGGGGCUAUGGCGGCCUUGACGGAGGAGCAGACCCGGUUAAUGAUAGCAGUAUUAUAUUAUAUUUGGAGAACCCGGAAUUCAGCUGUCUGGAAGGGAUCAAUGAUGCGACCUACCCAAUUGGUCAGAGCAGCCACCGUAGCGCUGCAGGCGUGCGGCGCUGCCCAUGUCCGCCGAACCGAGCCGGCACCAGCGACGGACCACUUGAACGGUUCAGGGGAGGGUGGUCUACGAUGUUAUGUGGACGCGGGUUUCCAGCACGACACGGGCGAGGCUACUUACGGCAUGAUAAUUAUAGCGCCAGAUGGCUCGUUUGUGGCAGCAAGGAAUGGCAAGUUACCAAUUUGUUUUUCACCACUUGUGGCGGAGGCCCAAGCAUACAAGGAGGCUUUGUCCUGGCUACUUGAACGGGACAACACAUCAGCAGGUUAA